CUACGCUAACGUCACUCGCUAAGUAGCUCGCGGAACAAAAGCCGUCAGCGCGGUCUGUUCCUCCCCGCCGGAAGCCAGCGACAAUACGCUGACACGUUCGUUUAGCUUUAAAGUUUGUUUUAAACGAAUUUGUCAAGUUAAAUACGGCCGUUUACAGUGUAGAAUAGUAAAUCUCGGGACUGGUGGCGAGUGUUUUUGUCUGCGCUGAAGCUGCGAGGGAUUCUCGCGAGAGAGUCCAAGGCCUAUUAAAGCUCGUCCUCCUUCAGUCCUGCAGUGAUCUGGAAGGAGAAGCAAUGCAUGCAGGUGCUGUCUACUCCGAUCCGAACGACUUCUCAUGCAUCGUCGUCUCUUCUGAUUGGCUGACGCUCUCCGGUCCACCCUGCUCAUGAGGUAACCCCGGCUGUAGUUGUUGACGCCCGUGGCUGGGCCGUGAUGGGGCAGAGGGUGUCGGGGGUGGUGAAAUCCGCGGAUGAGCCGGAGACAGGCGAGCUGCCGUAUCCGCCAUUGUGUGCGUCGUUCAAUAGACGCGGCGUCCCGUUACCCAGCCGUCUGGAGCUGCUGUUGGACAUGCCUCCGGCGGGACCGGAAAUCCAGCUGCUGCACACCUGGAACCCGGACGACCGCUCGCUCAACCUCUUCAUCAAAGACGAAGACCGGCUAACCUUCCACCGCCACCCGGUGGCCCAAAGCACGGACUGUGUGCGGGGGAAAGUCGGCUUUACUCGCGGCUUGCACGCGUGGACUUUGCGAUGGCCCGUUCGGCAGCGCGGGACGCACGCGGUUGUUGGGGUCUCAACUUCUUUGGCUCCGUUGAGAGCCGUCGGAUAUUCGGCCCUAGUCGGUAGUGACGCCGAAUCCUGGGGUUGGGACUUGGGACGAGGCCGACUGUACCACGACAGAAAGAGCCAGACCGGCCCGGCGCCGUCGUACCCGCAGUUUAUUGAAGACGAAGAUGAGGAAGGGACGUUCUCCGUGCCCGAAGAGGUUCUGGUGGUGCUGGACAUGGACGAAGGCACACUGGGAUUCUGUGCCGACGGGAACUACCUGGGCGUGGCGUUUCGUGGACUGAAAGGAAAGAGGCUGUACCCGAUCGUCAGCGCCGUGUGGGGUCACUGUGAAGUCAGCAUGACCUACAUCAACGGAUUAGACCCUGAACCCCUGCCGUUGAUGGAGCUGUGCAGGAGAGCAGCGCGACAGGCUCUGGGUCGAAACCGAAUCCAUCACAUCCAGUCUCUGCCACUGCCACAGACGCUCAAGAACUACCUGCAGUACCAAUGAGACUCACACACACACACACACAGAGCCAAAAAACUGGACACCUGCUCAGAAAUGAUCCCUGGUGCUGGUGACUUCAGUACUGUAGAAGCUUUGUGCUGUGCACAGAUCGACGUAUAGGGACGGACGCUACCGAAUUGAGCAGCCAGACGACGAGUAUCUAGUUUUUAUACAUGAUUAUGAGGUGAUUGUAACAAAUAAGGCGUUUGUGUUUGAGAACGACUCAAGUUCGUGUCUUCCAUGGAAAUAAUUUUUUUAAGAGCUGAUGAUUUUGAUUUUCCUUCACUUUUAUGUCAACAACGAUAGACUUGGGUUUCUGCACAUAAAUCCAGCAUGAUAUUUUAUUCCAGAAAACAAGUCGUUAUUGUCUUCACUAAUACACACACAGUGCCUGAGAUCUUUUAUCUUUUCUGUUUGUUGUUUGUUUUUUGCCUCUCCAAGCUGUAAUCAUGACGAAGCUGAUUAAAUCGGUUUUCAGAUGUUUUAGCGUAUAAACGCGAGUAUGCGAGUUUGAAAUGUGCCGCGGCGUCUGUGAAGCAGAUUUUUACAGAUCUGAUUUUUAUAUGAAUUUGAUGUCUGCCAGAGCAGUCUGUGUUUUGGGCCUCCGGGUGGCGGUGGAAAACCUGCAAGAUGGCAGACACGACUUUGCUUAUAUGUGACUUUUGAAAUGUGAAUAAAAAUAAAACUCAAAACCCAAAA